AUGGCUUCUUCAGACACCAGCAAUAGCAAGCUUCCCCUCAAACCAAUCCCUGGAAGCUAUGGCCUUCCCUUCUUCGGACCCUUGAGUGACAGACACGACUACUUCUACCACCAGGGAAGCGACAAGUUCUUCUCCGAGCGAAUCCGAAAGUACAAUUCCACAGUCAUCAGAACCAACAUGCCACCCGGUCCCUUCAUUUCCUCAAACCCUAGAGUCAUCGCUCUCCUCGACGGCGUCUCCUUCCAAAUCCUUCUCGACAACGCCAAGGUCGAGAAGCGCGACGUUCUCGACGGCACCUUCAUGCCGACCACCUCCUUUUUCGGCGGCUACCGCCCUUGCGCCUUCCAGGACACCACCGAGCCCUCCCACGCGCUCCUCAAGCGCUUCUAUCUCAACCUCCUCGCCUCCAAGCACGACUCCUUUCUCCCGCUCUUCCGCAACAACCUCGCCGAGCACUUCACCGACCUCGAGGACAAGCUCGCCGGAAGAUCCGCCAAGGCCAGCUUCAACACCUCCGUCGGCUCCGCCUCCUUCAACUUCCUCUUCCGCCUCCUCACCGGUAAAGACCCCACCGAAACCAAAAUCGGUUCCGACGGCCCCAGCCUCGUCACAACCUGGCUCGCGGCGCAGCUAGCUCCACUCGCCACUCUAGGUUUACCCUGGAUUUUCAACUAUGCAGAAGAUUUCUUGAUCAGAACAUUCACCUUCCCUGCUUGGACAGUGAAGUCCAGCUAUAAGAAACUCUACGACGGUUUUGCCUCUGCAGGUUCGUCGUUGCUUGACGAAGCAGAGCGCGCGGGGAUACAGAGAGACGAAGCGUGCCACAACCUUGUGUUCAUGUUAGGGUUCAACGCGCAUGGAGGGUUAGUGAACCAGUUUCCGAUUUUGAUGAAGUGGGUGGGAUUGAGUGGGGAGGGUUUGCACAAAGAGCUUGCAGAAGAAAUCAGGAGAGUCGUUAAAGAAGAAAACGGGGUGAGUCUCCGUGCGUUGGAUAGGAUGAUUUUGACCAAAUCUGCGGUGUACGAGGCGCUGAGGAUAGAGCCUGCUGUGCCGUUCCAGUACGCGAAGGCUAGGGAAGAUCUGGUGGUGGAGAGUCACGAUGCGGCGUACGAGAUCAAGAAGGGCGAGAUGAUCUUCGGAUAUCAGCCGUUCGCUACGAAAGAUCCUAAGAUCUUCGAGAGGCCCGAGGAGUUUGUGGCUCACAGGUUUGUCGGGCACGAUGGAGAGAGGUUGUUGAACCACGUGUGCUGGUCCAAUGGACGCGAGACGGAGGAGCCCACACCGGAUAAUAAGCAGUGCCCCGCCCAGAAUCUGGUGGUGCUCAUGUGCAGGCUAUACUUGGUGGAAUUCUUCCUGCGUUACGAUACUUUCACGUUCGAAUUUAAACCGGUUGUUCUGGGUCCGGACGUUACCAUCAAAUCACUCACCAAAGCAUCCUCCUACUGA